AUUAAAGUAAAUUGGAAAGGUUGAAACAUGAGGCUAUCAAACUGCAGUUCUAGUAGAAACAUCUUGUUAGAAAAACCCCUCCCUUAGUUCUAAUGGCCUAAGGGAGGUACAUCGCUCCUUUAGUUCUAAUGGCUUAAAGGAGGGAAAACUUCCGGAUUUCCCAAAGUAAAUGAUUACCACCAGUCCGGUUCACCAUAAGGAUCUCGUCACUCCGUUCCCUUCAGCAAAAUCCUGGCCUCUCAAUUUACCAAAGGAUUCUCGUGUGAGAAUCUGGCGUAGGUCUUUGUCAGGAGUCCUGGCGAGAAUUGGAGAUGUUGAGAUCCUGCUCGAAGGACCAUUAUGUUAGAAAAAUUCACUCGAGACUGGUGUAAAAAUCAUUCAUCAAUGGACAUUUAUUCUUUGCAAAGAAGGAGACAGGGUUGGUUCACAUACAGAAUGUACACCAAGACCGCUCGAAGACCUGUCUCCGAGUCUCUGGUAUUUAUACUAAGUAAACAACAUGCAGUGGGCUGGCACAGGGUAACGCACACACAUUUCGCGUUUCACACAGGCGUCUACGUAUCUGGACACUUUAACAAUUCGUUCUAGUACAAAGGUCACUUUCUCGUAAGUCAUGGUCGCAAAUCAGCCCUGCUUUCUGAUGAAGCAAUUCAUGUUCCCAGUGUACAGUCAAGUGUAACCGAACGCCGUCAUUGUAUUGACCGUCUCUACAGCAGCAUGAAGUGUCGAGGUGUCUGACUCAAGAAUCUUACCACUGGACUAGAAAACUUAAGCCCGACUGUAACCAAAGGCCCGCACAAGAACGAAUCUGAGAAACACUCUGCUGCUGUUCACUGACGGGAGGGCAACACCUGUCUGUUAAUCAACGAUGGCUCUCAAUAUACCAGGCCUGAUAAUGAUGGUGGCAUUCUACUUGCUUGUUUUGGGAAUCGGCAUCUGGGCCUCUGUAAAGUCUAAGAAGAUGGAGAAAAACACAAAAGGUAGACAGGUGGAGGUUUCUUUUUUGGCUGACCGGAGUGUCAGCUUGGUAGUGGGAGUCUUCACAAUGACAGCUACUUGGGUUGGAGGUGCCUUCGUCAUUGGUAUUGCAGAGGUAGUUUAUGACCCCACCAGGGGUCUAAUCUGGGCUCUUGUUCCUCUGCACAUGUCCAUUUCCUUUAUCAUUGGUGGACUGUUCUUUGCAAAGCCAAUGAGGGAGAACAAUUACAUCAGUAUGAUGGAUCCAUUUCAGAGGAAGUAUGGAAAAGGACUGACUGUGGUUCUUGCCAUUAUUCCACUCAUAACUGAAGUUGUCUGGAUUCCUACAACACUGAUGUCCUUAGGAGCAACCAUGAACGUAGUUCUAGAUCUGCCCUUCAGUGUUUGCAUCUGGAUCUCUGCUGCAGUGGCGAUCAUCUACACCGUUCUUGGCGGUCUCUAUUCAGUGGCUUACACUGAUGUCAUCCAGAUAUCACUGGUGCUUCUGAGCUUGUGGUUGUGUGUCCCUUUUGUUCUCACCGGUAAUGUUUAUACUGACAUUACUGAAACAGCAUUCAACCACACAUACCAGGGCUCCUGGCUGGGCCGGCUUGAGUCAGAUGAAAUCGGGAGAUGGAUUGAUCAAUUUCUAGUGAUGACUUUGGGCAAUAUGGCCAUUCAGGAUUUCCAUCAAAGGAUUCUGUCCUCCAGCUCCACGUCCACAGCCAGGAGCGUCUGUUUCAUAGCUGCAGGGACCGUCAUCAUUGUAGGAAUCCCAUCUGUGCUGAUUGGAGCUGUAGCAGCUUCAACAGACUGGAACUCCACCUCAUACGGUUCUCCUUCUCCAUACGAGCGAGGGGAGACGGCCAUGGUGUUGCCCAUCACCCUUCAGAAUUUAACCCCAGCAUAUAUUUCUGCUUUUGGCAUCGGAGCGAUUGCUGCUGCAGUGAUGUCAUCUGCUGACUCUUUCCUUUUGUCUGCAACCACCAUCUUCUCCACCAACAUCUACCUGACCAUCAGGAGUCAGGUAUCCGAUAAAGAGCUACAAUGGGUGAUCCGUCUCUCCAUAGUGGCUGCAGGACUUUUGGGAACAUCCCUCACCUACCUGGACAGCAGCAUCAUGGCGUUCUUUAUCCUGGGAUCGGACCUGUCUUACACCAUCAUGCUCCCCCAGCUGAUCUGUGUCCUCUUCAUCAGGGUUUCCAACGGCUAUGGAGCUGCUGCAGGCUUUGUUGUUGCAGUGGUGAUGAGAGUUUUGUGUGGAGAGCCGGUGUUUGGCCUCCCUGUGAUCCUGCAUUUCCCAGGAUGCACUUUAGAGGAUGGUGUUUACAUUCAGCGCUUUCCUUUCAAGACCAUUAUCAUGCUGUCUGCUAUGGCCUCCAUCCUGGUGUUUUCAUAUGUGGCCUCACUCCUGUUUAACAAGGGGAUCCUUCCUGAUAGGUUUGAUGUGUUCAAGGUGAAAUCACAGGAAGCACCACCACCAGCAGAGGGAGCCAGAGAGGCUGAUAGUGAAAAGACUGAUGCCCCAAAUGAAAAUGAACCAAUGCUCGAUACAAGUUGCUAAUAAAAUUUCUGUUGACUUUAUG